AUGCAGUGGUUUUCCAAGUUGUUUGAAGCCUUACUUUCCAGAGGCUACAUAUCUAGUAAAAAUGAUCACUUUUUAUUUACCAAGUCUACUGGAAGCUCCCUGGUUGUUCUAGUUGUGUAUGUUGAUGAUAUCUUAUUAGCUGGGGAUAAUUUGGUUGAGAUGAAUGGUCUGAAAAGUUUCUUGGAUGCUCAAUUUAAAAUUAAGGAUCUAGGUCUAGUUCACUAUUUUUUGGGUCUAGAAAUUUCUUCCCAUCCAGCUAGUUAUGUGAUGCAUCAUCACAAAUAUACUUCAGACUUAUUGGCAGAGUUCAAAUGCUCUCACUUCACCCCUGUGGCUACUCCUUUAGACUCUUCCCUCAAAUUAUCUACUGAUAUGGGUGACCUACUGCCUGAACCUAGCACUUAUAGGAGAUUAAUUGGCAAACCUAAUUUCCUCCAACACGCAAUAUCUGAUAUCUCUUAUUCUGUGCAACACCUCAGUUGGUUCUUACAGUCUCCAAGAAUCCCUCACAUGUUGGUUGGGCUUCAUGUCUUGAGGUAUCUCAGUUCUGCCCCUGCUCAGGGAAUUCUUUUACCUGCUUGUCCUGAUUUUUUCCUCAUGGCUUACUCAAUUUCAGACUCGGCUUCUUGUGCAUUUUCUAGAAGAUCUGUCACAUGGUUUUAUGUUACUCUUGAGUAUAGAGUAUUGAGACAGGUUGUGGCUGAGGUUUCUUGGCUUGUCAGGCUACUUGGUGAUCUUGGCCUUCCUAUUAACAGUCAUGUUCCUGUCUUUUGUGAUAGUCAGACUGCUUUGCACAUUGCCAAAAAUCCUGUGUUCCAUGAACGUACCAAGUAUAUUGAAAUUGACUUCCAUUAUGUAUGCGACUAUCUGAAUUCUGAUUUUAUCACUCUUCAGCAUGUUAGCAGCUCAGCUCAACUGGCAGACAUCAUGACCAAGGCUUUGCCUGGGCCUCUUCACCAUUCUCUUUUGGGCAAGCUGGGAGUAUUUUCACUCACCAUCUUGGGGGGGAAGGGGGGAGGGGGGAGGAAGAGUUAUCACUGGCCCAUUAUAAGACUCUACUCACGGCCCAAGUACUGA